GUUGAUCGAAUAAGGAAACUUGAGAAGGGAAAUGGAAAACUGGAAAUGCUUAUUACAUUGAUUUCAGCAAAUAAAAACAAAACACCAACAACCAAAAGUUCCAUACUUUUUCUCGGAUUCCAUUUCCUCUGUUCAGUUUUUGUUCUAAUCAUCUUUUCCUGGUUUCUGUUGUUGUUGGUGGAAGAAUGCCAUUUGGAGUUUUGAAUUCAUACCCAGAUCUUGUUGCCUUUUGAUCUUGUGGAAUGCUUUCUGAAUCAGGGGAAGCUGAGGAAAAUAGAGGCAAGGAGAAAGAAGGAAUAUUCAUUAUCCCUUUCCCUUUUAGAGUGGUUUGAAGCGAAAUUAUAUCAUUUUGAAUUUCGAGGAUGCAUUGUUGAGUGUUAAGAUGGAAAGAUAAACACUUCAUUCUGUUGAGAAGAAAAAUGGUAAAGCGGGCGUUGGUUUUAGUUGGUUGAUGUCUUUAGGUUGGACUGGCUUUCUGAGUGUGAUUUCUCAACGUUUUUACAUUUUUUGAUCGUGUUGGAAGUGGGGCAUUUGUUAAAUAAAUGAAGGUGGAUGUGAUUUCUUGAUGGUUUUGUCUCAUCAGUGGAUUGCAAUUUUUGGAUUGAAAGUUGUGUGAAUUUCUUUCUUGAUGGGCUGAUAUGUCUUUUUAAUAUAUUGAUGGUGCUUCACUAUGAAGGGUUUAUGUUCAUGUUGAGUUAUUAAGUGCAUGAGGGGGAGGUUUUGCAUUUGAGUUAUGUUCAAACAGAUACUUAAUAGGCUCCCAAGGAAGCCAUCUAAGUCAGGUAACACUCUUGAGGGAGGGGGAGGAUCUAUCACUUCACCUAAUUCAUCUAACAAUUCCCGAAAGAAUGAUUUAGCUAGUAAGAGGAAUGUGAACUCAAGCGACACAUCUUUUUCAGGCCUUCAUCCUACCCCAAAUUCAGGUUUGGAUUAUGGCAAUAAGGCUUCCCAUCCUGUAUUUUCAAAGCUGAAUGGGAAUAUAGUAGCUUCUUUCGAGGCACUUCCAAGUUUCAGGGAUGUUCCAAAUUCUGAGAAGCAGAACUUGUUUAUCAGAAAACUGAGCUUAUGUUGCAUUAUCUUUGACUUCACUGACCCAACAAAGAACCUCAAAGAAAAGGAUACCAAAAGGCAGACUUUGAUGGAGCUUCUGGAUUAUGUUUCUACUGCCAAUGGGAAGUUUCCAGAAAUUGUCAUGCAAGGAAUUGUACAGAUGGUUUCCACAAAUUUGUUCAGAGCUUUUACCUCUCCACCAAGAGAAAACAGAUUUUUAGAAGGAUUUGAUGUAGAAGAGGAGGAGCCCUCAAUGGAUCCUGCAUGGUCUCAUUUGCAAAUUGUUUAUGAUAUUCUUUUGAGGUUUGUGUCUUCACAUGAGACAGAUGCAAAAUUGGCUAAGCGGUACAUUGAUCACUCUUUCAUUCUAAGGUUGUUAGACCUUUUUGAUUCUGAGGACCCCAGAGAAAGGGAGUAUUUGAAAAUGGUUCUGCAUCGUACCUAUGGAAAAUUUAUGGUCCAUCGUCCAUUCAUCAGGAAAGCAAUCAACAACAUUUUCUACCGCUUUAUUUUUGAAACUGAGAAGCAUAAUGGGAUUGCAGAGCUAUUGGAAAUCUUGGGAAGUAUAAUCAAUGGGUUUGCUUUGCCACUAAAGGAAGAGCAUAAGCUCUUUCUUGUUCGUGCUUUAAUACCACUUCACAAACCCAAAUGCUUACCCACAUAUCACCAGCAGUUGUCUUACUGCAUUACUCAAUAUGUGGAAAAAGACUGCAAACUUGCUGAUACUGUUAUACGGGGCAUGUUAAAAUAUUGGCCAAUUACAAAUAGUUCGAAAGAGGUCAUGUUCUUGGGUGAAAUGGAGGAAGUUUUAGAAGCUACACAACCUGCAGAGUUUCAGCGCUGCAUGGUACCCUUGUUCCGUCAGAUAGGCCGUUGCGUGAGUAGUUCCCAUUUUCAGGUGGCAGAGAGGGCUUUGUUCUUGUGGAACAAUGAUCCCAUUGAAAACCUAAUCAAACAGAAUCGCCGGGUUAUACUUCCACUUAUCUUUCCUGCCUUGGAAAAAAAUGCUAGGAAUCACUGGAAUCCAGCAGUUCAGAGCUUGACGCUGAAUGUCCACAAGAUCUUUUCUGACACUGACCCUGAGCUUUUUGAGGAGUGCUUGCACAAAUUUGAGGAGGACGAAGCACAAGAGAAGGAGAUCAAGGUAAAACGUGAAGCCACUUGGAAACACCUGGAAGAGAUUGCUGCAAUGAAAAUUGCAAGUAAUGAGCCUGUUCUUGUCUCCUAAAACAAUUACUUGGAAACCAUCCUGUUAGGACUGCAGUCCUUUCCAUUGUAGUUGCUGCCAUUUCAGUUCAAGCUUGGUACCAGACCAUAAAUGGACAUGGUGAUUUUGACAAGUAGAUGAUCUACCCUAGUUUUUCUUGCUCUGGAUUUUCAGCUUGCUAGAUUCAGAUGCAAGAAGAUGCCACAGUUCCUGGUAAACUCUGGCACUGCCUGCUACAACAUACGCAGAAUAAUAUAAUGGAUUGGAGGGCAAACCUGGCGUGCUGCUAAGGUUUUAAAAGACUCUGGGCGUGCUGCUAAGGUUGGAAAAGACUGUCUUCUAAAAGUAGACGUCUUUUCCAUUCAUGUUCGGAAGGAUGACAAGAAAACAUGAAUUUCCACAUCUGUCAAUUCUUAUGGUAUAUUUCUAAUUUGGAUUAAUGUAAGUACUUUACAAUGUUGGAUGAUUUUGGUUUAUUGCAUUCCAUCAUUUUUGAAUUA